AUGUGGCCAUCCGAUUGGGGUUCUGACCCCCUCUGCAAAAUUUACUCACCCAGAGAAAAAAUUUGGAAAGAUGGAGGGAGAAUAAAGGUUGGUGCAGGCCGAGAUAUUUGCUACGAAACAACGUUUUGUCAGAAUGGAGUGGUAUAUUUACUUUCCAACAACGGUCCAUAUUUUGGAGAAGACAGUCCAUUCUUUUGGCCAUACAUUGUGGCUUAUGAUGUCGAGAACAGCAUUACAAAGUUCUUGAAAUUGCCUGAAAAUUCAAGGAGAUGUAUUCACGAUCUAGAUUGCAGACUAAGUAUUUUUAAGUGGGGAAAUUCAGGCAAUUCUAUGCGGUCUAUAUGUUUAGUCAAAUUGUACAAUAAUGUGUUUAGCAUCUGGGUGCGAACUGAUAAAGAAAAAAGUUCAUGGCAUCAGGUUUUUGAGAUGCACGUAGAAGAUAUGGGAUUGGAGGGAUCUGAUCUAGCGGUGGCCGGUUUUACGGUUCUGAACGGAAAAGUUCUGCUCAUUGCAACAGAGUCAAUGGUUUAUCAGUACAAUUUGUCAAGUGAGAACAGUGGAAAAGUCGAGAAAAUUUGUGAGCAUGCAUGCGGGAAAGAUGUGUUUUUCCAUUCCUUUUCGAGUACCCUUCGUUCACGUGGAGAUGCUGCAACAAAAUUUGCUGCAUGUUAG